UGUGUCAACAUUUGUAAUUUCUUAAACUUUUAGUUAUUUAACCUAAAGAGAAUUCUAAUAAUUGUUUCUAUUAAAUUUAAUUUUACUUCCAUUAAUCAAGAAUUUGUUUUUUAUCUCAGACGCUUGAUUUUGGAGCGCUAUCUUGCGUUGAAAUUUGAAGACUUCACAAGUGUCACGUGAUGAAAAGCCUAUCUCCAAUUGGUUAACGGCUUGAAUUCGAACAGUGAAGUCCGUUGCUAUUCACACGGUUUCUCAAAACAGUGCUUUUAAACAGUUAUCUGAAAGGGCUGCUCAACUCCUUAGCCUUUUAGAGUAACUAUCAAAAAGUUGUGAUUAUUGAAUGAAUUGUGGAGUUUUGACUCAUUUAAAGUGAUCUUGAAGUCAAUAGCAAUUCACAAUGUCAAAAGACGAAAAGGAGACUAUCAUCCCUGAUGUUAUUUACGACGUGAAUUCUGGAAGAAGCUACAUUAAAGGCCGGUUCUUCGGAAAGGGUGGCUUUGCGAAAUGUUACGAAAUUCGAGAGUCGAAAACUCACAAUGUGUACGCCGGAAAGAUCGUACCAAAGUCAAUAAUGACAAAAAAUAACCAGAGAGAAAAGAUGACACAAGAAAUUGCCAUUCAUCAGAGUUUAAAUCAUAAAAAUGUCGUUGGUUUUCAUGGAUUUUUCGACGAUUCGCAUAAUAUCUAUAUAAUUUUAGAAUUAUGCCGCAAAAGGUCAAUGAUGGAAUUGCACAAGAGAAGAAAAGCUUUAACUGAAUAUGAAACACGAUUUUACAUGAAACAAAUUUUGGAAGGUGUUCAUUAUUUACACCAAAAUAGAAUUAUUCAUAGGGAUUUAAAGCUCGGCAAUCUCUUUUUAAAUGAUGAAUUGCAAGUUAAAAUUGGUGACUUUGGUUUAGCGACUAAACUUGAACACGAAGGCGAACGAAAAAAGACAUUAUGCGGAACUCCAAAUUAUAUAGCACCGGAAAUUUUGACCAAAGUCGGUCAUUCAUUCGAAGUUGAUAUUUGGAGUAUCGGUUGUAUAAUGUACACAUUGCUCGUGGGUAAACCUCCAUUUGAAACCUCGAGUUUAAAAGAAACUUACGCUAGAAUUAAGCAAGUCCAAUAUAAAACACCAACGUCAGUCACCAAACCUGCAAUGAUCAUGAUAUCGAGUAUGUUACAAGGCAAUCCAUCGAAACGUCCAUGUGUCGGCAGAUUACUCAAAGAUGAAUUCUUCAAUAGUGGAUUUUUGCCGCAAAGCCUUCCACUUUCAUGUCUCACAAUGGCGCCAAGAUUAGAUACAUUGGAAAUGCACAAUAAUCGAAAACCAUUAUCGGAAAUGAAUAUGAAUAAUUAUAAUGCGGGUGAUGCUGAAGUUUUUAAAAUACCAACAAGUCCACAACGAAAUAAACUUCUUAGUCCUUUAAAUAAAUUAAAAGCCACCGAAGUAAAUACAAAUGAUGUACAAAAAAUAAAUCAGGAGAACAAGCGAAUGCUACAGGCAUUAAAAGAACAGCUUCAUGGUGUUCUUAAAUCAAAACCCGCACAAAAAAUGGCAUCUUCUGCAGAUGAAAUGACCGAUCCGGAUGCACAGCCAUUCGUCUGGAUAAGUAAAUGGGUGGAUUAUUCGGAUAAGUAUGGUUUUGGUUAUCAAUUGUCCGACGAUGGUGUUGGCGUGAUGUAUAAUGAUGGCACGCGAUUAAUAAUGCUCGCCAAUGGUCAUAAUAUUCACUACAUCAAUCGAGAUGGCAAAGAACUUUACUAUACUGCUAGUAACUAUCCCUCCAGUUUGGAGAAGAAAAUGAAGUUACUUAAUUUCUUUUUACGUUAUAUGACGGAACAUUUAAUGAAAGCUGGUGGUGCUGUUGCCGUUAAACAAAGUGAUUCGCUCUCCAGAAUACCUUACAUGAAUCAAUGGUUCAGAACACAAACUGCAGUUGUUAUGCAACUGACGAAUGGCUCGGUUCAAAUUAACUUCCAGGAUCAUAGCAAAAUCAUAAUGUGCCCUCUAAUGGCAGCAGUAACGUAUAUAGACAAAGAGAAGAAUUUUAGAACAUACAGGUUCCAAUCAAUUCAACAACAUGGCUGUUGCGGGGGUCUCGCAAAGAAUUUAGAGUACGCUUAUGAAAAAGUAUCAUUAAUGAUAAAUAGCCCGGCACUUCGAUAGUGUUAAAAUAAUUUAUAAAAGAAGAAAAAAAGUAUGUGUUAGGCAUUCUACAGCCUAGUACCGUAUUAACGCUGCUUUUAAAAAAAACCGCUAUAUUGCCUAAAUAAGUAACUUAAAUAGCAGAUUAACAAGAGUCGUUAAGUUUGACUUUUUUUCGAUAAGUGUAUAGAAUUUUUUUAAAAACAUUUUUUUUUAAUAUAUAUAGCGCAGUAGGUACUGGGAAACAAAAAAAAAAGAACGUAUACAAUUUAUAUUUUAAGUAUUUUAAUUCGAAGGUAUAAUCUUCUUUCUUUUUGAUAUAUGACACUUUAAAAUACUUAGGAUUUUAAUUUUCAUUCAAAAAAUAUUGGCACUUUUUAUUUGUUUUUUUUUUAAGAAAAAAAAAUUGGAUAAAAAAUUUAUACCUAACAUGAUGACGGAACUUGUUUGAAAUUUUUGAAUUGAAAGUGAAUGUCAUAGUGCAAUCAGUCGUUCGAUAAAACAAGAAAAACAAUUUAUAUAGUCCACUUAUUUUUAUGAUUUUAGUUUUAUUUUCAUGAUUUUAUAAUUAUUUUUAACUAAAGUGAAUGUUUUAUCAAUAAAGUGCGACUGAUAAUAAUAAUCUAUGUUGUAGAGAAAUGAGUAUGAAUAAAAGUACGACUGAUUAAUUUUUGAAUCUUUGAUUAAAUAUAAUUUGUCAUGGGCGCUGGUUUUGAAACAUGACAUAUUAUUCAAAUUUAAUUUAAUUGUUUUGGAAUUAAAAAAAAAAGAGAAAAAGAGAGAAAAAAGAACAAACGAUGAGUGAGUUUAAAAUUAAUUAAUGUAAGUCUAUGUACAUAUGCAAUUAUGAAGACAUAGCCUACAAGACUAUAAAAAAAAUCGAAGGUGAUAAUUUGUACAAUUUACUAUAUAUAUAGGAGAUUUUUUCUGUAUAACAUCAUUACGACACUCUGUUAAAAAAAAGCAGAAAAUAAAAUUCUAAAUUAAUAGCUAAAAAGAAUCUUUAAAAAAAAAACAA